UUUCGUUGAUAAAGGGGAGAUUCUGUCUCACUGCCGCAGUGUGAUGCAAAAGGACUGGCAGCGAGGAAAUAGAGAGGAGAUAUACGCUAGUGAUCGAACAACUAAAGAAAGACAGCAGCUGUGAGAUAUCAAAGUUUCAAAGAAAGAUGGCGCUUGUAGAUCAGGGGGAUCGGGCUUUCCUAGAGCUGGUUUUCAAGUUCAUAGAUGACAAAAACAGUACGGAUGACGUGGACUUCACGCAGCCGCACGUGCGACGAUCCCUACGUUACGUCUACCCGCUAUUUAUGUUUCUUCAUGCCUUGGUUGGUCUAUUUGGUUUGUGUGGAAACCUUGCAAUCAUAAUUGUUAUAGGGAAACGAAGAUUAUACAGGGACCAGACGUUCCUGUUUCUUGGAAACAUCGCCUUUUCUGACAUUCUUAAAUGUAUAUUUGUUCUUCCUGUUUCACUGGCUAACUUGCUUAUUCAUAACUGGAUAUUUGGAAGCUUCAUGUGUUUCUUUCUACCAAUGCUGCAAUGUUUUCCAAUUCAUUCGUCAAUGCUUACAUAUCUUAUGAUCGCUAUCGACAGAUAUCGGCUGAUUGUUAAUCCUUUCCGGCCCCGCUUGCCCGCAGGGUUGUGCAUCAUAGGUGUAUGGGUGGUCUCUGUGUGUAUUGUCCUCCCUUAUGCUGUAUAUAUAAAAUACAUUGACCUGGGUGCCAUUCUAGGAUACAGGUUUCUCGGUGUUGGUAUAUGUUACAUCAACCAAGAACGACAUAUCGAGGAAUAUAUCAGAGCUAUGUUUGUAACUCUUUAUGCCAUGCCACUUGCCAUCAUGGGAUUCUUGUGCCUAAAAGUUUCAGCGGAACUGAAAUCAUUAGAUACCAGCUCCAUAUCUAUCCACUUCGAAACAAAUUCAAAUAACGUCACGUGUACCUCUCGUCUAACUCUCGAAGAUGACGAGACGUCUAGAGUUGGAUCAGAGGAUUCGAACCAACGACAUACGGUACGUUCUGAUCACAUGUGUAGCGAUGACGACCUUGACCUGCCAGCAGAAAAGCGAACACAUAGAUACAUUAUAUCGAUGGUGACCUUGUUUGCUAUUUGCUGGUGUCCGCUCAAUAUUCUGAUUUUGGUCCAAUUCUUCGUUCAUGAAAGUGGAAAUAACACUGGACAUUUUGAUAUAACGUAUACAACAUUUACAUGGUUUGGUUUCUUGUCAACAUGCGUUAAUCCGGUAUUGUUUGCCUCCUGGAAAAUGUCAGAUUCCACGAAGGACAAACUGAGGGGUUAUUUCAAGUUUGGCAUGAAAAGAAAAUCCAAAAAGAUUUCAGUCCCAGUGUCAACAUUUAGAACCAUAGACGGGGCGCUGACCAUUCAGAAUGGAAACACUCCAGAACCGCUGUAAGCUACAUAGACUGCCCAAGGACCAUGAUGCGACGUAUAAUACACCAUUUAUUCAUGUUACUAAUAUGUAUGCUAUCUUUUGAUAUUAACUUUAUUUGGGUAAACAUUGUGUUUAUAUUCAGUGAACCAAGUAUAUAAGAUUGUUCCAUAAAAAAACCUUUUUAAAAUCAUGAAAUAACCUAUUUUCGUGUCUAUCUACCAUUUGUACGUCAUAUUGUAUUGUUGUUUUUUUGAAUAAAGUUUUCGUCUAAACACUCAAGGCCAGACAACAGCAACCUUUUCCUUGAAUCAUAAACAACAUAACCAUUUUAACACUUAUUUUAAACCUACCAAAAAUAGCCAGGCGCUGCUAAAUAUAAAAUUUUUAUUUUUGCCGAUUUCAGGACGUUAAUGUACGGUUUUAUGGCCAUUGAUCUAACAUCACAUGCUAAAUGGCCUGCGCCAGAACGCGUGAGAUUAAAAGUGGGAAGCAAACUGUCAUCUUGUAACCUAACAAAUGAAAGCAAUCAAACCGCUGUAGGCACGGAGAUGUCAUUUUUGUCUGUCGCUUUAGUAAUCGCCUUAUUUUUAUUUUCAUUUUUAUUGUUCUUCACAUCUCUUUGUAUCUGAACCAUGUAAGAGAAAAUGACAAAGCAUUUGACAGGUGUGACUUUGCGAAGGAACAUUUCAAUGUUUUCAUUGAAGAUUAUACAACAUCCAAACUAAUCUGCUGGAUUUAUUCUACGUAUCGCAGAAAGUGAGUAUUUUGGAUUUUGACAAAUAAACCGGAACUGGUAUGGGUUAGUAGAACAGAUAUUUAGGCAAUCUUCUAUAAAUAAAUCAGACGAGAAUUUUCUUGUGAAUUGAUAUCUGCUAUGAAGUUCACAACCAUUUAUUUAUGUUACUAUUUGGUCGUUUUACCACUGUCUAUAGCAAUUACUGUUGCAUUGAGACUCGGACAAUAUAUUUAUUUUGCCAUUAA